AUGGGGGUUCUAUUGGUUGUUCCUCUGGAUUUAGCAAGAACUCCUAUGAGAGUGUUGCAAGAUCCGCUUCUUGGACGGGAGUGUAGAGCAAUGUAUCCUGAUAUGCUUCCAACUACUUUUGGCAAUCCACUAUGGUGUACGGAUGAUGAGCUUUUGGAGCUAGAAGGGACAACAUUGUGUCGAGCAACUGAAUUACAGAUAGUCUGCCAUGUAAUCUUGAAAGAUGCUAUCUAA